GGAAGUGUUGUCUCAAACAGAAACAGGGCCGUUGUUUUUCUCUGCAGAUGACUCACUGACAACAUUUCACGCUGUUACAAGGCACAGACCUGAGGGGAGAGACGGACAGUCGCAGUAGUUUAUGAUUAAAUCAUGAAAAUGGGCUCAAAUCGUCCUCUUGCGUUAUUGAAUUACCUCCUAAUCUGCGUCACUCUGUGGAGCCACCUGAACUGCGGGGUGUCUGCAAAGUCAUACCGCAAACCAAACAUUGUUUUGAUCCUCACCGACGACUUGGACAUCGCUCUAGGGGGUCUGAGUCCACUCAGCAAGACAAAAAAACUAAUUGGUGAUGCAGGGAUAUCAUUCACAAACGCAUUUGUUGCCAGCCCGCUGUGCUGCCCCAGUCGAGCCAGCAUCCUGACGGGAAAAUACCCGCACAACCACCACGUCAUCAACAACACGUUAGAGGGAAACUGCAGCAGCAAAGCCUGGCAGAAGAGCGAGGAAGCUCAGACCUUCCCCGCCCUUCUUCAGAGGUACGGCGACUACCAGACCUUCUUCGCUGGGAAAUAUCUUAACCAGUAUGGGCACUCAGAGGCUGGAGGAGUGGAACAUGUUCCUCCAGGCUGGAACUACUGGGUCGCACUGGAGAAAAACUCUAAAUACUACAACUACACUCUGUCAGUGAAUGGAAAGCCUCAGAAACAUGGAGCCAACUACAGCAAAGACUACCUGACAGACGUCCUGGCCAACAUGUCUCUGGACUUCCUCCAGUAUAAAUCCAACUACCUGCCGUUCUUCAUGAUGGUGUCCACGCCGGCCCCUCACUCCCCGUGGACAGCAGCUCCUCAGUACAAAGACAGCUUCAACAACACUAAGGCUCCCAGAGACCCCAACUUCAACGUCCACGGGAAGGACAAACACUGGUUGAUCAGACAAGCUAAAACCCCCAUGACCAACUCCUCUGUUCAGUUUCUGGACGAUGCUUUCAGGAAACGGUGGCGAACUUUGCUGUCCGUGGACGACCUGGUGGAGAAAAUAGUGAAGAGGUUGGAGGUCAGAGGUGAACUGGACAAUACAUACAUCUUCUUUACCUCUGACAACGGCUACCACAUGGGUCAGUUCUCUCUUCCUCUGGAUAAGAGGCAGCUCUAUGAGUUUGACAUCAGAGUUCCUCUUAUGGUCAGAGGACCAACGAUCAAGCCCAACCAGACCAGCCAGAUGCUGGUGGCCAACGUCGACCUCGGUCCGACCAUCCUGGACAUCGCUGGCUACGACGUCAACAAGACGCAGAUGGACGGCAUGUCCUUCCUGCCCAUUAUGGAGGGGAAGAUGAACGGCAGCAGCUGGAGAACAGACAUCCUGGUGGAGUAUGAAGGAGAGGGAAGCAACGUGUCCGACCCCGCCUGCCCUCUGCUGGGACCAGGAGUGUCGGAGUGUUUCCCAGACUGUGUGUGUGAGGACUCGUACAACAACACCUAUGCGUGUGUGCGCACAGUCGCCCCCGCUGCCAACCUGCAGUACUGCGAGUUUGACGAUAAUGAGGUGUUCGUAGAAGUCUACAACGUGACAGGAGACCCCUACCAGCUGACCAACAUUGCAAAGACCAUCGACCAGGAAGUCCUGGAGAAGAUGAACCAUCGGCUGAUGAUGCUGCAGUCCUGCUCCGGACAGUCGUGUCGGACACCCGGAGUGUACGAUUCAAGGUAUAAGUUUGACCCACGACAGAUGUUUUCCAGCCACAGCUGGCGGCUCAGCAGACUCAGACAGAAGAUGAAAUAAGAAGAACAGAUGAAGGACGAUGGACGGAGGAAGAAGGGCUGUUUUGUAUUUUGUAUUCAGCCUUUCCUGCUGGUGUUGCCUUGUUUUCAGGCCUCCUGAGCCAGUCUCUUUGUAGAUGGAUGGAGAAGGCUUCAGAUGUGGUCAUAUUUUAGGGCAUAGGUGAGCCUUUGGGUGCAGGACCCACCUUUAAAGCUACCAGUUUGGGCUACUGUUUAGUGAGUGUGUCGGUAAGUGUGCAGGGAAGCCAAAUUAUUCAGGAGGGAUUUACACUUGCAAGCCAUUGAUUCAAAUCCUGUUUUUCUGUAAAGCAUUACUGUGCACUAAAUGUCUGCUCAGUCGUAUCGAUUUAAAAUCCCGGAAACAAUAGACAAACAUUUGCCACUUCUUAUAAAUUCAUGUCUGUUUUGUCUCGGCUGAGAAAAUCUUCAUAUCUGUGAUCCGAACAGAGGCCAGUUGUCUUGUCGAAAUACACGGGGUUGCUUAUUUGCUUGUUUCUUGGUGCUGGUCCGCAACAAUUUGUGAGAAGGUGGAAAUGUCGGUUCAUCAACAAGACGUGGCACUAAAAUAGUUAACAAAUUGAUCAAUACAAACUUGAUGAUAGGCAAGUUCAUAAUUUUUAACAUUUACUUCAGCCCCGUUUCCAACCAAAUGUAGCGCAAAUUCUAACCAUAUGUUCAGAAAAUCAGCAGAAGAAAAUGAGAAUUUACGUGCAUUUCCACCCACUACGGUUAUGGGAACAUUAGAACAGUUGGUGGCACUAAUGCUCCAGUCAGGUGCCAUUAAGCCAUUGCAGAGGAAGAGGGUGAGAUGAUGUAAAUUUAAAGAGUACCAUUCAAAUCUGAUCAGCUCUUCAACGGACACGUGUUUCAUGUAGUUUUCAGUUUCAUUUUACCAUUAUCAAUGCACCAACUUUUCCACCUCGGCCAAGCAUUCAAACUGAGUUUGCGGUAGUUUGUCGAAUUUUCUGCGUUUCCAAUCAGGUUUUUUCCUUCGCAAAUUGAAAACUCGCAUAAAAACAGAUGGAUGGAAAUGCACCUUGUGUCACAUUAUGGACAGCAGUAACUCUAGAUUAUAUCCAUUAUUUAAACAAACUAAUAAUUAUAUCUUCAAUGAAUCAAUUAGCCAAAAAUAAGUAUGUAUAAUAAGUUCCCAGUUUUUUUUUAACAGUCAAAAUCUAAAAUUGGUAAAUUUACAAAAAUGGAAGAAAAAACCAGCAAUUACUAAAUAAAUCUAAAGCGAUUAAUUUUCCAUUUAUUAACUCUCAACUGAACUUGUUUGGCUCAAUGGACAGCUGGCAAACAGUACCAGGAUAAUGGUAAAUAAAUACAGUAUACACAACUUCCAUUUGUCUCUGAUAAUGUAUCUAACUGAUUUCAACGGCCUACACGUACGGCCAGACAGUUGAUAAUUUGAUGAGGAGCAAUCGACUGCAGCAAAAAAAUCCUGUCAGACAGUAAACGUACGGUCACAUUAGCUUCUGUUCAAAAUGGUUGAUGGAGCAAAUACUCUUAGGACCUAAGUGUCACAUGAUCGCACCUUAAAUAAACAGAAAAAUUAUGUUUGUUUGGAUGGGAGAAUUUUUUUAAAGGCCAAAUAGAAGAUUCUACAUUUUGAUAUACAUUUGCUCCCUCAAACUUUAAAAAGGGAUCUGGUUUGUUGUUGAUGUUUAUGCCAUAAACCUUAUUUAUGAGAAAAAGUAAUCUAUUUCUUGAAUGCUUUUGCGGCCCUGCCUUGAAAUUUCUGUCACUGUUGAAACACAAAUCUACAUUGCAUUUGAAAUAUUUUUAAAAAGUUGAUAUAUUUUAGAUUAAAGCUGCCUACAGCCAGUAUUUUGUGGUGACACGUUCAUUUUUAAAUUAAGAUCAAAUCCAUUGUGAUUAUUAAUAUCCAACCAAAGACCGGAUUAGGAGGCUUUUGAGGGAAACGACAUUUAGAAAGUCUCUGUAGACUGAAUCUUUUUUGUGUGUUAAUUUAGAUUGUGAAUUAUUUUGUUACUGACAAGCACGCAGACAAACCGGUUGUUAAUUGUGAACAAUGAUUUUCCAUUAGUUCUGCUGCUAAUGUGUUUGUGUUGCUCUUGGAUAAACCGCUCUUACAGCUCUUUCUUCCUCUGUAGAGUUUCACAUUACUCAACGUACACUGUGUGAUUAUUUUUCCUCCUGAAAGCGAUCACUUUGUUAAAAUUCACUGAUGCACUUUCCAAUCUGUGAGAAUUGUUUUUUUGGAAUGCUUAGUUUUAUUUUUCAGUGUAGUUUUUGAUGAUGAUGUAUUUUCAGCUCACGGUUUUUGUCCAAAUAAAGACAUUCUCAAAAUA